AAAUGUUAUCAAUCUUUUUGAUUAUAAUUUUGAGCCCCCGCAAAAAUGUUAUCAGUGUAACUACUAUACAGCAUGACGAAAAUGUGACAAAAAAUUUUUAUUGACUAAAUAUAUAAAAUGCUCAGACAUUUACUAAAAACUUGACUAAACAAAAACAGGACGAGGUUCACUAAAUAUGAUAACAACUAAAAAGUACAUUUGAUACCAGGACUAAUUUAAAGACUGAAUCUAAGACUAAAUCAAAAUGGCUGACAAAAUUAACACUAGGUCGGAUGUGGUUCCCUUGCAGUUUGUGCAACAAUGAACAAGGAACGGAGAGCAUCUGUGUCAUACAGGAUACAGAGUCUGUCGGUUCAGGAUUUGCAUAAAGGUUUAAUGCAGUUCACAGGCCUCUUAUCAACACACAAAGAGGAAGAGAAAUGUAGUGUACAACAGAGAUUUAUGAUUUUAAAAACUCAUAAAUUUAAUUUCAAGAACACGGUUGAAUAUUUUUUUUUCCUUCUGAAGGAACUCAGUAUCUGUGGACAGUCCUGUCUUUGAAGAAAUAAAACCACCACUGCAUAUGAAAAUCAUACGCAUCUUCGGGAAUCUCUCUGAAAAUAUGCUGCUUCAUUUGUCCUGUCCUUUUUAUGAUGAGCUUUAUGAUGAUGCUUUGGAAGCAACAAUUGAGGGUAAAAUGCACUUGAAAAGAGUUCAUCUUCAAGACAACGCAUCUUAUGAUUGUUAGGUUCUGUAUAGCUUCAUCUCUGAAAAACGAUUUCAUGAGACUGACCUUCACAGAAGCUAAAAUAAAGCACUGCACAUUGAUUGUGUUGUUGCUAUGCUGAUGUCAGUCCGGAUGGCUUCUCCCCUUCUUUUGAUCUUUCUGCUCAUGAUUCCGGAUGUUUUCAGUGAAAAAGCUUGGGGUGUGAGUUACAGUCCUUCACACAUCUGUGCACUAAAGAACUCAUCAGUGAUAAUGAGCUGCAGUUAUACAUACCCUACUGGAUAUAAGAUCACGAAAGUAUUCUGGAGUAAAUUGUUAAUACAUGGUGAAGAGCCUCCAGAUCUGUCUGAGGAUCCUGAAUACAGACAGAGGCUUCAGUAUCUGGGAGACACACAGCAGAACUGCACCAUCAGACUGAGUCAUGUGACACAGAAGGACCAACACAUGUACUGUUUCAGAUUCAUCACUAAUGGUGGCAAAUGGACUGGUAAACCAGGAGUGACUCUUACUGUCACAGAUCUUCAGGUAGAGGCUCCUGAGAGAGUGACAGAGGGUCAUAAUGUCAGUCUGACAUGUAAAAGCAGCUGCACUCUGACUGACAGACCAACAUUCAUCUGGUACAGAAACUCACAGCCAUUAACUGAGAGAAGAGACAGAAACAAUCAACUCCUGCUGCAGUCAGUCAGAAGAGAGGAUGCAGGCAGAUACAGCUGUGCUCUACAUGGACACAGUUACAUCUCUCCUGCUGCUCAUCUCAGUGUCACGUACCCUCCAAAGAAUGUCUCAAUUUCCAUAAAUGGAUCUGGUGUAAUAGUGGAGGGAGAUUCAGUGACUCUGAUCUGCAGCAGUGAUUCAAACCCUCCUGCUCUGAACUUCAGCUGGUUUAAAGGAGGAACGUCUGUAGGAUCUGGAAAAAUCUACAGCAUUUCAAAGAUCAGCUCUGAUCACAGUGAAGAAUACAAGUGCAGAUCCAUCAAUGAACAUGGAGAGAAAUACUCUGAAGCUGUGACUUUAAAUGUCAUGUACCCUCCUAAAAACGUCUCAGUGUCCAUAAAUGGAUGUGGUGUAAUAGUGGAGGGAGAUUCAGUGACUCUGAGCUGCAGCAGUGAUUCAAACCCUCCUGCUCUGAACUUCAGCUGGUUUAAGGAGAAUCAAAGCUCAGCUGUUGGAUCUGGACAGAGUUUCAGUGCACUACAGAGUGGACGCUUCUACUGUGAGGCUCACAAUCAACAUGGAUCUCAGAGAUCAGACGCUGUUACUGUCACUGUACAUGGAAGGAAGUAUCUGUAUGCAGUUGCUGGGGUCACCGGUGGAUUGGGAGGUUUCAUUUUCAUUUUCAUCAUUGUGCUGCUCAUGAAGAAAAAACACAGACCUGAUCCCAUCACACAAAAGCAGGAUGAUGUUUAUGUCAACGUUUCAGCUCAUGAUGAUCCUCUGUCUGAAUCUGAUCCUGCGAGUCAAAACGAUGCCCUCUAUUCUUUAAUUACUCUCAGCAAUAUCAGCCACAAUCAAACUGAAGAAAAAGUGUCUGAUUCUGAAGAUACAGAAGAAAUCCAGUAUGUAACCGUCCUGUAUCACAGAAACAAAGAGAGCAACCAACCGGAAGAGAAUGAAAGCCAGUACGACAACAUUAGAAAAUACCAGCCUGAUGCUGCCAUGAGAUCUGGUCAGCAGGUGGAGGAUCAAUCAGUGAUUUACAGCACAGUCAAAUAAUCAACAGAUCAGUUUGGUGAAAUUUUGGUUCCUGGGAAAACUGAUCUCCAUUUUGACAUCGCCCUCAUGUGGUGGGACUGUGGCACUGCUGGUCUGAUGCUGGAAUUUAAUUUCCUCUUUUUAGUUUUGCUAAAGAGAUGGUGUAUGCCAUGUUUUUGCAAAGAACAUUUUGAUUCACUGGUCCUUUGAUCAGGAUGUUGCUCAAAUCCUAAAUUCUUCAUCCAGUUUGUACGAAAUCUAGAGACCCUCCUGAUAAAAUUUUGGCUAUGUAAUAACUGAAAAUGACAUUUUAACCUACAGUCUUGUUGUCUUAGUUUUUAGGUCUUUGGUUUACAUUGGCCUACCAAUUGUAAUCUUCAGGGAACCCUUUAAAAAUAAAAAUGAAAGAACUCAUCUAAUUUUUAUGAAAUUUGGCACCUUUCUUCUAGAGAGACUCCUGACAAAAACUUGUCAAGAGAAAUUAUUUGUCAAAGCCUUUAGUGUAAAUUAUACAGUUUUCAACCAAAGCCUGUAGUGCCCUGCAUUGAGCACAAUAUCCAAGUUUAUCUUAGGAUGCAUGUUGCGAUGCAUGCAAUAUAUUUUCCUAAUUGACCUGAUUGAGUGAAUAAGGACAUCUUUGGUAUCGCAGGGAUCCUUAGAAGUAUUUUUGUGUGAAACAGCACCUUAUAGUGGCCGUCCAACUCAGGAUCAAACACCCAAAUCUCUUUUAGCUACUCUUAGAAAGUGUAGAAAUGUCUCGUUAAAUGAGAACAAUGCAGAUGACUUGAAGUUUCCUUUAAACCCUUAAGGCCCAUUUCCGUCAUUCAGGCAUAUAAAUAACAUUGGUGUUGGUUGGUACUUUAUCUUUAGUGUGAGUGACUAGAAGUCUAACUAUAGCUUCUGCUGGUUACAUCAAGGAACUGAAACCUCCGCUUGCCCAUCCUCUUUCUACUCAGACAUGGACACAUACAAGCACUGAAUAAACUCUAACCUAAUAAUAUUUAAUGUUGCAACAUCUCAAUUGAUUUUAUUUAAAUCAGAAAAGUUAUUUCUGAUUUAAAUACGGUUACACCAACAAAACCAAAUUUAAGGGUAACAUCCACAUGAUACUGAUUUUAAUUGUGUGAAUAAUGAAAUUAAAUUGAAUUUGUAAAAAAAA